UCCUGCACCCACCGGAGAACAAGAAUUCGAUCCCAUUCCAAUUCCACCCACUUGCGCGGCGAAUUUCACCGCCGAUUCGGCCGACAGCGAUGGCCACUUCCGCCGACGAGGGCUUACCGCCGCUGACGCCGAUCAAGACGGCGCCUUUGGCGCCCUCUUCGCAGCUCGCCGCUGAUGCCGCCUCAAGCGCUCCUUCCCAGGCGGCGUCGACGACCACCACGCUAGAGUCGGCAGCAGAGGAGGUAACAACGAAGCCGCCGAUGGAGGAUCAGAAGGACCCGGCGACGCCCACGUCGGAGGUUAGCAGGCUGCCGACGCCCGCGGUGUGCCCUCCGGCGCCACGCAAGCCGCCGGUGCCUCGUCUGCCGGCCCUGAAGCGGAAGUCGCGGCCUAUUCUUACGACGACGCCGACAGCCCGCGCGUGCCUCAUCAUCCCGCGAGACCUCACCGCCGUGUUCCGGGCCAUGCCCAUGCCGCCGGAGAAGCGGAUCCGGGCGUCCUGAUGCUGCUGCGGCGAUCUGCCACCGGCCGGCCUCUUGAUUGGUUCGGUCGAUUAAUCUCUUGGACAAUUCUUCCUGUUCUUGGUUUUUCCUUUUUCUCUUCUCCUUCCUUGGGCGCAUGGCCAUGGUAUAAAUUAUGAUUCUAUAUAUAAAUAAGAUGUCGCUGUUCUUAGUUAUAUGUCCUUAUUACCUCCCAUAGCUUGGAUCGUGUGAAGGAGAAUUUGCAGCUGUAUAAUUUGAGGAGGGUGUUGAUUUACUGGAUGGAGGUAGAUAAAGGCAAAAAAAAAAGUUGUAAGAAAAUUCAGUGAUCUUGUGGU